GGAUCAUGACCUGCGCCGCCUCAAGGACGGUCAGCAGCGAGGCAACGCCUUCAUAAGCUCAGCAUCACACCUCCGAAGAUGCGGUAGGCAAUGCUGUUGCCGCUGGAGAGGCUACGGCAACCAGGGCAGACGCUGCUAUGGUCGCUCUUGACGCCGACCUCAAUCCCUUCACUCAAGCCAAGCCAAGCCCCAACGACCCGCGACUCAACACCAACCCCUCAUCCCCACGUACGAGGGACGCCCGAGUCAGCCUUGCCUGACAGAGGCGAAGCUGCAUGAGGCCAUCAGGCACAGACUCAGCGGCACAGCUCGAGAGCACCUCUGCGGAAGACUCGACUUCCAGAUCUGCAACUCCGACGGCACAUAAUGCUUCAGG